UCUUCCUCCAUCUCUCUUUUUUCUCUCUCUGUCUCUCUCCGUCCAUCACCCAUCCAUUUGCGUCUUUUGGAUACUUAGCUCUCCUAGAGCGCUUUACUCUGCCUGGAUCAGUCCAUCCUCCACAUGUCAUCUCCACUGUGGUCCCACUGGAGGCUGUAUAUACAGUAAUGAUGCCUGGCUGAAGGGCUCGCAGCAGUGCUCAUCUUCCAGCCAAACGCAGCGGGGUCGCCGACUGAAGAAGAGCUUUACUUCUUGAGGCUUGGCUCUGCGUAAUGGAUUUACUGUAGUCAGAGAAAAGUUGGAUUUUGUAAAAAAAAAAAAAAAAAAAAAGACCAGUGGACCCCUACAAUGGACAGAAUAGGAGGGCGUUUUUAGAAAGGUGCUGUUGGGUUGGAAUCACACCGUGAGAGGAAAUGCACAGAGCGUGGAUACUCUUCUUUCUAAUAGAAGAAGGUUUCGCUCUGGCACAGAGAACUCAAGAUUCAAGCAAUCAUGGCGGCCAGAGCCCUAACCAGAACGACUGUGGCACGUGGGUCCGCAACAUCAAUGGCGGGGUGUUCACAUCGCCAAACUACCCCAACACCUACCCGCCCAAUAAGGAGUGUGUUUACAUCCUGGAAGCUCUCCCUAGACAAAGGAUUCAGCUUGCUUUUGAUAAGAAUUACUACAUUGAGCCAUCAUUCGAGUGCCGCUUCGAUCACAUCGAAAUCCGUGAUGGGCCAUUUGGCUUCUCGCCGCUCAUUGAUCGCUUCUGUGGGGGAAAGAACCCGGGCCUGGUUACAUCGACGGGGCGUUUCAUGUGGAUCAAGUUCACCAGUGACGAGGAGCUGGAAGGCCUUGGUUUCCGCAUUAAAUACACCUUCAUUGCUGACCCCGAUUUCCAUCUGCACGUGGGUGGACUGCUAAACCCCAUCCCAGACUGUCAGUUUGAAUUCGGCGGAUGGGAUGGGGUUAUUCGCUCAAGUCAGGUGGAGGAGGAGGAGAAAGUGAAACCUGGUGAUGCUUUGGACUGUAUCUGGACCAUCAGGGCUCCUCCUCAGUCCAAGAUCUACCUGCGCUUCUUGGAGUACCAGAUGGAACACUCUAAUGAGUGCAAGAAGAACUUUGUGGCCGUGUACGAUGGCAGCAGUGCCAUUGAGAACCUCAAGGCCAAGUUCUGUAGCACCGUGGCCAAUGACGUGAUGCUGGAUAAUGGUGUGGGAGUUGUGCGAAUGUGGGCUGAUGAGAAAAGCCGACUCAGCCGGUUCCGCAUGCUCUUCACCUCAUUUGUUGACCCCCCCUGUUCAGCCAAUACAUUCUUCUGCCACAGCAACAUGUGUAUUAACAACUCCUUGGUGUGCAAUGGGGUUCAGAACUGUGUCUACCCAUGGGAUGAAAACCACUGCAAAGAGAAGGGGCCUAAGGGGCUUUUUCAUCAGAUCACUAAGACCCAUGGCACUGUCAUUGGUGUGUCAUCAGGCAUAGUUCUGGUUCUUCUUAUCAUCUCCAUCCUGGUCCAGAUGAAGCAGCCAAGGAAAAAGGUUGUAGCCCGCCGGCCUGGAGUUUUCAACAAAUCAGGCUUCCAGGAGGUCUUCGACCCGCCCCACUACGAGCUAUUCUCUCUACGUGACAAGGAGAUAUCGUCAGAUUUAGCCGACCUGUCUGAGGAAAUGGACAGUUUUCACAAGCUGCGGCGUUCCUCCACCAUGUCCCGUUGUGUCCACGAGCAUCACUGCGGCUCACAAGCCUCAGUGGCAACUGCCGGCGGCAGUAUGAAACACAGCCGCACCACCUUGAGCUCCAUGGAGCUGUCCUACCAUAACGACUUCUCCAAGCCACCACCCAUGAAGACUUUUAACUCCACGGCCAGCUACAAGAAGAGCUGCUACGGCUACAAGCAGCAUUCACAGACUCAUGACUGCGACCAGCAGGUCAUUGAGGACCGCGUCACAGAGGAAAUACCAUGUGAGAUUUAUGGGCGUGGUGGAGGAGGGGCCACAGGUGGAGGAGCAAUGGGAGGAGGCGGAGCUUCAGGGAUUGCAGGAGGAGGGAUUGGAGGAGCAGUGGGAAUAACAGGAGGAGUGGCGAUGGCAGGGGGAAUGGGUAUGGCGGGGCCUAGUGGCAUUGCUGGAGGUAUCGGUGGUGGGAUGACAGGAGCCUGCGGAACCCUGAGUAUCCGCGGCAACAGCGCUCGUAACAGUACCAGCAUGGUUGACCCACAACAGCGUUCCAUGUCCAUGGACUUCUAGAUGGUGAAAGGAGGAAGAAAAGGAGAAAGGGAGUGCAGAAAGAGCUGGUAUUUCACUCACUGACAGAAGAGAAGGAAGAAGAGAAGACAGGAGAGUUACAAUAAUUUUCAAUUGAUCAUUCCUCUCUGCUUUUGCUUUCAAAGCAGCGGUUAACUCUUACGGAUCUUUGUCUCAAAGUCUUGUCUGAAAGUUUGGGAAAUUAACAGACAAGGAAUAAAAAGAGGAAAGAAACAGGAAACUUGAUUCUAUUCUUCAGGAUUCUAAUGGAUUUUGAGGGAGGAUGGAGACAUCAUGUCUCUCCUCCAGUCUUAUACUCAUUUAAUCUCUCCUUUUCAUAAGCCACACAUAAGAAGAGAGUUCUCGCAUGCAGACCCAGACUCUGGCAGCCUAGAAGACCAGGUAACCGGUCAGAAACAGACAGAGAAUGACAAAGACACGUCCUAGACUGAGUUUUUACAUGUAUUCAUCUGCCAUGCACAGAUAUAUGAUAUAUAGUGCGUCUUCUAAUAAUUUGAGUCUUUAUUUUUGUCAGUGUACUGUACUGUUAAAACCAGUAUAUAUCCAGCCUCAUGAUGAUGCUUGGCUUUUAACUCUUUAAUCUUUUUCAAAUGUUGCUGAGAUGCUUUUAUGAAGAUGACUUACUGUAUCCAUGACACGUGGUGUUGAUGAUGAUGAGGAUGAAGUGUUGAUGAAGUUGCUGUUGUUGAUGAUCAGAAAUAUGAUGCUGAUGACAAUGAUGUGAUAUUACUAUAAUAAUUAUGUAGUUUUCGUGGUUACCUCGCACAUACACAGAGGUACAGGUUCAGUUUCUCCUCAGGAAGAGCACAUGAAGAGACUGUCUUAUUUUGAUAAGAAAUUGGGUGAAAAAAGUCUAUUUCUGCUUUAUAGCCCAUGGGCAUUCAGGCUAUGAGUAAUCAUUUAUGGGAUAUGAAAAGUUUGGUUUCAAGACCUGGACUGAAUCGAAAAAGCAUCCAUCCUACUUCUAAACCCUCCCCCUCUUACCAGGAGAAAAAAGUAAUUUUUCAGUUUCCCCAUGAACUGACUGUGUAACACAAGCACAACCUGUUUCCCUAAAGAGACAGACAUGUAGCCUAUAUGGUUCUCAUUUAUGAUUUUAACCACUGAUUGUAUAAUUUCAUUCUGUUGAAUUAAAUGAGAGCGUACUCAC